AUGGCUUAUGAUGGGUACCAUUCCUCGGCAAACCCCUAUCAACCGGGAAACAUGAAUCCGAACCUGAACACGGACGCGAACGACCCUCACGGGUACUCGCCCAUGCCCCCAUACCCGUCGAAUAGCUACGAGCCCGACCGUUUGAGUAUGCCUCAACCGCAGAUGCCCCCGCCCAGCUCGUCCCCUCAGAGUAUGGAUUCGGAUACACCGCGACCGCAGAAUUUCGGACCGGGUCAUGGAUACAUCAACGAGGCUGUUCACUCGGCAGUGCACCAUGCAAACUCCUCCGAAUACUUAUCCCCCGAGGUCCUCAGUCAGAUUACUGCAACCGUUAUCCAGCAGCUCAAAGCCACGGGUCUAGGUAAUAUCCAGGGCUCUGGCUCAUCCGGCGCUCCACCACCUCGCUCGCAGUCGCAGCAGCCUUCAUGGUCCGCAGGUCCAGACUUGGCGCCUCGUCCACACUCGGAGUCGCCUCCUAAUGUAUCACAGCGAUUCGACUCUAUGCCGCAGGUCAAUCCCAUGUCCAGCAGCUUCGAAUCUACACAGCCAUAUUCCGCUCCGCCGGUACCACCAUCCUCGGGAUUCUCGAGCGAUACCCGCGAUAUGCGUCCAACUCCCAAGCCAUCACCGGAUCCGCUGAGUAGUAGACGUGGAUCGAUAUCCAGCCAUGAGAGUCAGAAAUUGGAACGGCCGAAACCGCCUUCGAGAGACGCGACAGUUAUGGAGAUGACCACGCUGGAGAAGAUAUGGGGGAAAUUGUUUGUGGAUGGGAAGCCGACAAAGAGGCUGGGCCAGUUUUUGCGAGGAAUUGCAAUGCAUUUGAUUGAAGAUUACCCGCCGGGAAAUACCAUCGUGAUCGUUCCGGAUAAGCUGCAAAAGUUCUAUGCUGACACCGAUCUUUCGUGGGACCCUUAUCCGUGGCAAGAUAUCUUCGACGACCGAACAUCAUCAAUCUCAAGACUAUUCCGGGAGAUCAAAGCUCAGCACCAUCUGGUCCAGCUUGACGAUCUCAAGGAACGCCCUGAUAUACCCGGUCUAACACCCAAAGGCUUCGAAAUCUGGGCUACGAUUAUGAUCCAAGCCCAUCCGGAGCGCGAAUACGAGCGUCUGCAAAAGGCAGUUCUGAAUAUGCCUAUCAGCAACCCGGACGACAAGAAAGAGCGUUUCCCUAAAGAGAUUCCACGCAGGCUGUUCCCCGAGGUAGCAGACCUGAAAUUGAGAGAGGAAGUCGAGGAGCAUAUCAUGAAACACUGUGGUGUUGAUUUGCCCCGUAUAACGGACGAGGAGCGCACACAGGCAAAUCGCUCAAAGAAACCUGCACCGUCUCACCUCGAACCCUCUCAGCCUACAACUUCCACGUCCGGAUCGACGGAGCGAUCCCGAUCAUAUGAACGGGGCCGACCCCCUCCUUCAGCAUCGUCUUCCUCCGCCGUGAUCGAUGACGAGGAUGAGCCCAUCCCAUCUAAACCCAUUGAGCGUGAGAGAAAACCUUAUACGGCUCAACCAGGUGGAGGAAAGAAGUAUGAAGCAGGGCAUUCGCGCAGUCGCACAGAAUCCUUUUCGUCCGGUCGCCCACUAGAUGUACCAAGCUCAUCCACAAGUCAUCGACACUCGACCUCGACCGCUGACAAAUUCAAUCCCGAAUCGCUCUACACUGCUCGAUCUGGCUCAGGACAUGGACAUACACGGCGGCGGUACUCGCGAGGAUCGCGUAGCUCGUCACGCGGAAUGAGCCACGAUUAUAGACACUCGGAAAGUGACCUGCUCGGUCGGGAUGCGGCCCCUCCUCGAUAUGGUGGUGUUUCCGCUGGUGACUUAUACACGGAAUCGCCUACCUCGAUUUUGCCUGACGAGGAUGUCCGUCGGUACAGAGAGCACCAUCGCGGUGGAAGUCGUGCUAGCGAGGAGGACUACUACCGUGGUAUGCUGGGGGGACAGGGUGGUGGACCUGUGCAUGAGCACAAGCGAUAUCACUAA